AGGCUGAGCUGUGCUGUGGCUCUGCGUGUGGUGUGAGAGUGAGAGAGUUGCAGUGAAGCUAUGAGGAACUCAGGGACUCGCUUCCUCGCCUCGUCGCUGCUUCUCCUGUCGCUCCGAGUACAGCACUUUGUGGGUGGCUGUAGCUGUUCUCCUGCUCACCUCCAGCAAGCCUUCUGCAGCGCCGACAUAGUGAUCCGAGCAAAAAUCUCCGGGAAAAAGCUGAUUUCUGAAAACAACGGGGAAUCCUUCGAUGUGUACAAUGACCUGAUCCGGUACGAAGUGAAACAAAUCAAGAUGUUUAAGGGGUUUGAGAGGAAGAAGACGGUGCAGUUUGUGUACACGGCGCCCACCUCUGCGGCCUGCGGCGUGACCCUGAACACCACCAGCAAAGUCCAGUAUCUGCUCACAGGCCACCUGGGUAGUGAUGGCCGAGUGCAGGUGGGGCUGUGUAAUUACAUCCUGCCCUGGGAAGAGCUGACCCUGUCCCAGAGAAAGAACCUGAACCACAGAUACCAAAUGGGCUGCGAUUGCCGGAUCUCCACGUGUUACACGCUACCUUGCUCGGUGUCUGCGGAGAACGACUGCCUGUGGACUGACCGGCUGACGGACAAGACGCUCAAUGGGCCCCAGGCCAAGUACUUUUCCUGCAUCAAGCGCAGCGACGGCUCGUGUAGCUGGUACCGGGGGGGAUCACCCCCAGAGAAGGAAUUCAUGGACAUAUCGGAACCCUAACCCCUCCCCCUCCCUGCUCACCCUCCCUGCACCCAGUCCCCCUCCCU